CCGCCGCGCGCUCCCCUCUCGGGCCGGGGGCGGCUCCGCCUUAUGCUCCUGGGGCGGGCAGGGCCGGGGCGGGCGGGGCCCGGAAAACGCGCGGAGAAGCUGGGCGCGGGCCAUGGGGGCUCCCGGCGCGCUGCUGGUGAUGGGCGUCAGCGGUUCCGGGAAGUCAACAGUGGGCGCUCUGCUGGCAUCCAAGCUGGGAUGGAAAUUCUAUGACGCAGAUGAUUAUCACCCUGAGGAAAAUCGAAUAAAGAUGGGAAAAGGGAUACCGCUGAAUGACCAGGACAGGAUUCCCUGGCUCUGCAACUUGCAUGACAUUUUACUAAGAGAUGUAAGCUCAGGACAGCACGUGGUUCUAGCCUGUUCAGCUCUGAAGAAAAUGUACCGAGACAUCUUAAGACAAGGAAAAGAUGGUGCACCUCAGAAAUAUGAUGAGUCAAGAAAGGAAGAAAAGCUGCCAGAGGUGAAGCUCUUUGUGAUCCAUCUGAGUGGCUCUUCUGAGGUCAUCUCUGGACGCUUACUUGGAAGAAAAGGACAUUUUAUGCCCCCUGAGUUAUUGCAGUCCCAGUUUGAUACUCUGGAGCCUCCAUCAGUUCCAGAAAACUUUAUCCAAAUCAGUGUGGAGAAAGAUCUUUCAGAGAUAAUUGCUACCAUUACUGAAACUCUAAAUAGGAAAUAACAACUGUAUCAGUGGUCCAGAACAGAAUUAAGCUUAAAUCCCAAACCUUCUUACACUUUUCCUUAUUGAUAUUAAAUUCUUAUGAAGAAUUAUAUAUUAAAUAUUAAAUAUAUUUAAUAUUAAAUUCUUAUGAAUUUAAUAUCAACAAACCAUAAUGUGUGGAGAUGUAUUUGUUCGGCUAUAUUUUUAGGAAUUUAUGAUACCUGUGACAGCAUGUUGUAGCCCAAGGCAGGGAAACAGGAGAGGGCGCUUUAAACAUAAAAUUUAAAUUGUUUAUGUUCAUCUGUGACUCAACCAACCAACCAAAGGAAAUGCUAUCAUCAGUGCUGGAAAUGUUUAGGACAUUCUUGGUCAUGCCUAUAUUUGUACAAAUAAAUGAGACUUGGCUACCAUCCUUGGCAUCCCCUGGAAUUUGGACUCAGGAGCAGAAACACAAAAUCUACCCACCACCAGCAAAUCAUUUUACACCAAAUACCUCCUAUAUUCUUUCUUCCCUUGACGUGGUUCAGAGCAGUCAGUGGCUCUUAAGCUGGAGUCCAAAAAGGUAGUGUUGAGAACCAUCAAACAUUGCAAGUUAUUCAAAAAGCCUACUGCAAAUAUAUUGACCAGCAGCCUUUGGCUGAAACUUCUGUCAACUGAAAGUGGUAACAUGCUGAUCAGCUCUCUGAUUAGCAGUUGUGGGAAUCCAUGUGUGUAAUUUAAACAGAAAAUUAAGUAACUGCUACUUUAACAGGUAGAAUUUGAUCAAAAAAACCUUUCUUGAUAAUAAGAAGGAUCAUUUCUGGGGGAAUAAAGAGAGAGAACAAUUAUUUUAGAGAGAAAUGUCAUUUUUUUCAAGAGGAUAAGUUCCUUCCCAAAAUGUCUAUGAAUCUGCAGAGAAUCAUAGCUGGAGAAAACAGGCCCUGGCAAUCACCCCAAAAUUUGUGGCAAUGUGACUGAUGAUACACAAGGCUUGUGAUUUCAGAUUUCAGAUAUAGCAUUAAAUAACACUGACAUUCAUGGUGGAAAAGCAUCCCCUUUACAUUUCUCUUUCAAUCUGCCUGUCUGUGGCCUAGAGAAUGUCUGUUUUCUGCGAUUAUGUCUUCAACCUUCUCCAGCACUUGCUGAUCUCUGUCAUUAAUGAAGGAAGAACAGACCUCAGGCUCAGAGCCCUGGCAAAUGGACAGUUUCCCUAGAAUUCAGUCACUUUGUUUUUGUUUGUAUUUUUGUUUUGUUCUAUUUAUGGUUAAAUGUCCCCUCUUCCAUUUAAACAACAUUUUCUUUAAAAAUAAAUGUAUUUAGUUGAAUGAACAAAGAUGGCAGUGUAGGAUGCUCCAGGUUCUGUCCCCACACAGAAUGUUUGAACAGCCAGCAAAAGCUGGGGUAAACCAUCUUUCUCAGGGCUCCAGAAAACAAUCAGAGGGUUGCAGUAACAUGACAAACAUUGAGUCAAGAAAAGGCAGCUUAAAACCAGUAGGAGAAGUUCCUGGCACUCUUGCUGUCCCUUUCUUCAUCCCCUCCCCUGCAUGCUAUGGAGCCAGCCUGUAUUGCUAUUGUGGGUCCCUGGCACUGUUCUGGAGGAAGCAGAGUAAACCUAUGCAUAUGCUGAGGUGCUUGUAUAUUGGUGCCAAUCUAUGGGGUGGGAGCCUGGAGGACUGAACCAGGACACUCAUCUCUGGCUCACCUUCCCAGAACUUGCCCUGCACACAGGAACAGCUUGCAGACAGCAAAAGCAGUGUUAAGAAACAAUCAAAUUGAAGCAGCCUGGAACAAAGGAUUACUAGCUUCAAGACAUACAAGAGCAACCAGGAGGCAGGAAAAGCCUAUUUCAAAGGGAGCAGAGAGGACAUUAGCAUCCCUGUAAAAGGGGGACUUCAUAAGGCCAUGAGUGCAUGACCAGGACAAGACACAAGCUCAGAAAAGACAGAAAGCUUUCACCUUGCCUGAUGUUCUUGGUGAGAGGUCUCAACUAUGAAGGUAAGCACCAGCCAACAAAGAGCCAAUCUGCAAGGACUGUGAAAGGUGUUUUUUGUUUGGGGUUGUUUGUUUUUGUUAGCUCCUGGCACUCAAGGAAAUCUGUCAUAUCACUAGGUAGAUACAAACUUAAGAAUCAGACAGCUCAGGGACUGAAUUCUGGAGUUAACACAUUAAAAUAUUAAAACGUACCGUAUGCAAUCAAAGAUUACAAGACAAAGAAACAGGAAACAAUGGCCCACACAAAAAGAACUAGGUAAAAUGUCACAAACCAUAAAUGAAGUAGCUCAGACUUAGCACAUACCAGACAAUGACAAAAAAAUUAUCUUCAAUAUGCUUCAAAGAACUAAAGGAAAACAUGGAGAAUUAACGGAUAUCAGGAAAACAAGAAAUGAAAAUGA